UGACCAUCCGAUCGAUGCCACCAUCGUCGUCAACAAAGGCGAAAUCGGCGAACGCUGUCAGCGGCAACGACACCGGCAAGGCCAGCUCCAGCUCCAGCAACUCCAGCAACUCCAGCAACCACGCGAGUUCAUCAAACGCUGCAUCUGCUCACAAUAGUCGGAAGAGCGGUGGUCUGAAUGCUGGCAGUGGUGCUCCUCCACGAGCGAGCGUCAUCCACCCAGCGCGCGGCGGACUGGCGCACGAGCUGUUCCGACUCCUCGAUCGGGGCAUUCUCGGACUCGUCUUGCUGCUGUUGUUUUGCCUUUCAUUCGAGCUGCUCCUGCCCAACUCGCUCCCUGCACAGAUGCUCCUCAACCCUCCAACGCCGCUCAGCGACAGCUGUACGGGCAAGCUCGACCAGUACAAUGCCCUCGGAUCGCUCUGUGGAUUCCACAACCCUGUAGAUCUCGAGGCAAUCCGACUUGCCAACAACAAGACGCUGCUGCUUGCCAUCCGCCACGAACAUCCGUACUUUGAUGGGAGAACAAGUACUGACGCCGAAGAGUAUGGCCUCCAGGCGUAUGUGGAUGGAUACUCUCAGCUGCUAUGGCCGACGCCUUCAUCUCAGACUCAAUUGAGUGAUUUCCUGCUCGGUGUGCCAGGGUGUGCUUCUCCUCCAGUCGGAGCAGAGUUUCGACCACUUUCGCUGGGCGUACAAGUCUUGCCCGCCACAUCUUUUGCUCGACGACACGGCCCUUUCAUCGCCGAGCAACAUCGCGGAUCAGUCACAACCGUUGUCGUUGUCAACCAGGCCACGGCUCGCUCGGCCAUUGAAGUGUUUGAGCUGAUUGGCGGAUGGGAUGGCUCUGCAGACAACGUUGGACAAUCGGAUGCGCUCGGAGGAGCCCACCAAGCCCCGCUGAGCGCGAGCGUCGAAGAAUCGUCGUUGCGUUGGAUGGGAUGCGUCCCAGUGUAUCGGCAAAUGAAUGCUGGAGAUGUCGACAUUCUCGAUGCGGUCACGGCUGGACGGCGAAACAGCGGAGGCCCUGCAGUGGUUGUGUCGGGAAACGACCAAGGCCCGCCCAGCACGAUGGCCACGCUCAUGGGACGGAUAACGGGUGCAUGGCUCGGUCUCUCUUCGGGCCAUUUGCGCAUCUGGUCUGCGCCUGCACCGUUUGCUGCCAGCGACAACGUGACCACCGCUGAUGACAUUCAGCCGUUGCACGCAUCGCGUUCGGCGUUUGAUGCGGCUGUCGCACAGGCGCGAUGGAGGCAUGUUUAUCUCGGCGAGCCGGUGCCCCGUGUCCCAGCUGGGAUCAUGGUGGCCGCCGGUCGACUCGUGUUUGGCAACUACCACCAGCUUUGUCGCGUUGACUUGCCGCAAAUCAUGCCCAACUCUCUCCUUCAGCAAGCCGAUUGGCCGCCAACCGAGCCCGUGCACACGAGCGAUCUCAAAUGCGUCGCAGUGUCGGAGCAGAGCGCCGUGGAAGUUCAGCUCAUCUCGCAUUUCGGCGGCUCGGCGGUUCUCGUUGUCAGCCGCUCCAACACGCUCGCGAGUACCCUCAAGGCCGCAUUGUGCGCCCUAGGGCGAGAUCCUUGCGACAUGCCAUGGCAGCUUCAUGUCGUUCAUCUUCCAACCAUGCAAAGCUUUCCGCUAUUGAAGUUUGACGGAACCUCCCUCGGGUAUGCCACGUCUGUCUCCUACUCUGAUGGCUUCAUGUACUUUGGGACGCAAUAUGGCGAACGUGUUGGCGUUGUACGAUUAAGCCCCAGCCAUGACAAACUGUUGCGCAAGCUUGCGCGAACCGAUUAGUUUAUUGUUGAGUUUGAUCUCGGUCGAUUUUUUUUUCUGAUUGUCCCAUACAAUCCAAACAACACGGAAUUAAUACAACAAACUUCGGGUGUGC